GAAAGAGAGCUGCAAAUGAAGCGCCGAAAUAAGGAGCGGAAGCAGCGUGAGCGUGCAGCGACUACACCCGCUUAUGUGCCUUCUCGUGGAUCUCUGCUUGCCCCACAAACAAAUGGACCAGUAUAUCACAGCGGAUCAGAAACAAGGGUGAUGGCACGCACUGCCAGAUUAGAGGUAACACUGAUUGGAAAAAGAGGAACCAUGAAAUGA